GCGGCCGCCGCCCCCGCCCCCGGCUGGCAGCGGGCAUGGGGCGGCGCUGAGCGGCGGAGUGGCGUCGGGGAGCCAUGCUGUCGAGGAAGGGGAUCAUUCCCGAGGAGUACGUGCUGACCCGGCUCGCCGAGGAUGUGCCGGAUCACGCCCGGUACCGCGCCCGGGAGCGGCGAGCGCGCUUCGUGGGCAAGAACGGCGCCUGCAACGUGGCCCACAAAAACAUCCGGGAGCAGGGCCGGUUCCUCCAGGACGUCUUCACCACGCUGGUGGACCUCAAGUGGCCCCACACGCUGCUCAUCUUCACCAUGUCCUUCCUCUGCAGUUGGCUGCUCUUCGGCAUGGUCUGGUGGCUCAUCGCCUUCGCCCACGGAGACCUGGACCACGGCACCCGGCUGCAGCGCAGCCCGGCCACGGAGGUGCCGGACAGCUUUGUGCCCUGCGUGACCAGCAUCCACUCCUUCACCUCCGCCUUCCUCUUCUCCAUCGAGGUGCAGGUGACGAUCGGCUUUGGAGGACGCAUGGUGACGGAGGAGUGCCCUGCUGCCAUCCUGGUGCUGAUUGUGCAGAACAUUGUGGGGCUGGUGAUCAACGCCAUAAUGCUGGGCUGCAUCUUCAUGAAGACCUCACAAGCCCACCGCCGUGCCGAGACCCUCAUCUUCAGCAAGCAUGCUGUCAUCGCCCUCCGGGAUGGCAAGCUGUGCUUCAUGCUGAGGGUGGGCGACCUCCGGAAGAGCAUGAUCAUCAGUGCCACCAUCCGCAUGCAGGUGGUGAAGAAGACCUCCAGCCUGGAGGGGGAAGUGGUGCCCCUUAACCAGAUCGACAUCCAGAUGGAGAACCCCGUAGGGGGCAACAGCAUCUUCCUCGUGUCCCCGCUCAUCAUCUACCAUGUGAUAGACAAGAACAGCCCCCUCUACGACAUCUCCCCCACGAACCUUCACCACCACGAGGACCUGGAGAUCAUCGUCAUCUUGGAAGGGGUGGUGGAGACGACCGGCAUCACCACUCAGGCCAGAACCUCCUACCUGGCAGAUGAAAUCCUCUGGGGCCAGAGGUUCGUGCCCAUCGUGGCGGAGGAAGAUGGGCGAUACUCUGUGGACUACUCUAAAUUUGGUAACACGGUGAAAGUGCCCACCCCUUCGUGCACCGCCAGGCAGCUGGAGGAGGACAAGAGCAUUAUGGACUCCGUGCCAUUUUCCCCUAGAAGUACCAUAAGGAAGAGAUCUGUCAAGCUAAAGCCCAAGUUUACCAUAUCCGAUGAGCCUUCCUGAUGCCUUUUGACUGGGAAACUGUGUUAGGGCUUUGUGUCUGAAUGAUCUCAUAAACUCAAAACACUGAGGUGGCCUCUAUGACUUUUUUAAAACCUUCAGGUUGGUAGCACAAGGUAUGUUCUGCUGUUAUUUAUUGCGGGAUAAAUGUACAGCUAAUUAUAUUUUUUUAAAGGUGAGAGAUUCCAGGCAGCACUGAAAGUAGGAAAAUCCCAAUCUGCAGCUUUAAAUUUCGGUUCCAACUGUCAUGCUGGGUUGCACGAUCAUUCUGCAUUGAUUAAUCUCUAGGUAACUACAUGUCUACUCAAAAAACAAGUGUUUCUGUAUCCUCAGAGAUGGCAGUUCUGGGGUCUUGCAGAGCCUGUCUUAAAGUCGGUAGUUUUUAACUGCUCCUUUCUAACUUGAACAAUCAAUAUCGAGAAAUAAAGUAUUAAUAAUUAAUGAAGCAGGCUGAAUUUAGACGGUAACAAGAAGGUCGGGCAGUGCAGUGCGACACGAGAGCAGAUCUGGGACUGUCUGUGCUGUUAUACUCAAUGUCUUAAAUAAACGGCUGGGUUUGCUGCAUCCAUAUUGUAUUGUAUGGAGCCACUCCUACCACAUGCAGUAUGAAAUGUAUUUGAAUAUUUCCUUUUGCUUAUUUUAAAACCCUUUACACUUCCAAAAUAAAACAGUCAAGUGUA